AUGCAGCACUCGUUCAAUAUUGCAAUCAUCGCAAUUUUGGUUGUCCUCUUAUCAACAGUCGUGCAUUCGGACGUUGUCCACACAAUUCCAAGAUGCCAUCCGCCUCCCAUUGGAAUAAGACCCGUUAUGCCUUUUUUGACGGUGACUCAACCAACUGGAACCUACGCGGUAGGUUCGAAGUUGUCCAUCUCUUGGAAAGGAUUUCUGAUCAUGAAUAAUCCUAGACUAUCUAUAGAAUUAUGGCACGGUUCUGAAUACAUCGAAUCUUAUCCAGGUAAAGUUUACUUUAAAGAUUCCUCAAAAACUUGGAGGGCACCUUUAACAGCGCGAGCGAAUUACUCGAUAAAAAUUUUUGCCAUAUCAAACCGAUGCAUAAGAGGUGAAUCAGCGUUAUUUAGUAUUAUCAGCAGAUGA